GCUCUCUCUCUCUCUCUCUCUCUCUCAUAGAGACGGACGCAGAUGAAGAAGAAGAAGACAACAGCUCUCACUGGUGGUCUCAUCGAUUACUUCUCCGCCGCUUUCUAAAGCCCACCGUUUUCCUCUUCUUCUUCUUCUUAACAGAACUCCAUUGCUUCUCCUCAAUGUCAGUGUGCCUAAAACCGUAGUCUCUCUCUCUCCCUCUCUCUCUCUGUGACCCAGAAGCGGAAAUGGAUCCGUGCCCAUUCAUCAGGCUCACAGUAGGAAACCUAGCCCUUAAAGUACCAUUAGCCUCCAAGAUUUCGAGCUCCGUCGUGCAUCCGACGACGUCGCCGUGUUUCUGUAAGAUUAAGCUCAAGAACUUCCCGCCACAAACCGCUGCCGUCCCGUACAUUCCGCCGGAUACAGCCCAGUUCCCGGAAAUUCAAACCCUUGCCGCGACUUUCCACCUGAGCAAGUCCGAUCUUGACCGCUUCUUCUCUAGAUCCAUAUUCGCCUCCAAGCCCUGCCUGAAGAUUUCCAUCUACACCGGCCGAUCGGGCGGCGCGUGCGGCGUACACUCCGGCACCCUCCUCGCCAAGGUCUCCGUGCCGUUGGAUCUCACCGGAACUCAGUCCAAGGCUUGUGUCUUCCACAACGGUUGGAUCUCUAUCGGAAAAGGCGCCGAGAAAUCGUCGUCGUCGGUGGCUCAGUUUCAUCUGAAUGUGAAGGCGGAGCCUGAUCCUCGGUUCGUGUUCCAAUUCGACGGCGAGCCUGAGUGUAGUCCUCAGGUGUUUCAGAUUCAGGGGAAUAUUCGACAGCCAGUUUUCACCUGCAAGUUCAGUUUCCGACACACCGGUGACCGCACUCAGAGGUCCAGAUCGAUGCCGCCGGAGACGAGCGUCUCCCGGAGCUGGCUAAACUCGUUCGGGAGCGAGAGAGAACGCCCCGGAAAAGAACGGAAAGGAUGGUCCAUCACAGUUCACGACCUCUCGGGAUCUCCGGUGGCUAUGGCUUCAAUCGUCACACCCUUCGUAGCCUCCCCGGGAACAGACCGCGUGAGCCGCUCGAACCCUGGUUCUUGGCUAAUCCUCCGACCCGGAAACGGCAUCUGGAAGCCGUGGGGACGGCUCGAGGCGUGGCGGGAGCGGGGCGGAGCCACCGAAGGGCUGGGUUACCGAUUCGAACUCAUCCCCGAUGGGUCCUCCGGCGCUGGAAUCGUCCUGGCCGAGUCGAACAUAAGCUCCCACAAAGGUGGCAAGUUUGUGAUCGAGCUCGGGUCGUCCACGUCGAUAAACGGAGGAACGAAACGGUCGCAUUCAAGAGGCAGUGGCUCAGGGGCGGCGUCUCCGUCGUGUAGCCCGAGAGGGAGCGGAGACUUUGGAUUCGGGCUUUGGCCAUGGUGUUUGUACAGAGGGUUUGUGAUGUCGGCGACGGUGGAAGGUGAAGGCAAGUGUAGCAAGCCAUGCGUGGAGGUGAGUGUGCAGCACGUGACUUGCAUGGAGGAUGCUGCUGCUUACGUGGCACUAUCAGCAGCCAUUGAUCUGAGCAUGGACGCUUGUAGGUUGUUUAAUCAACGGCUGAGGAAGGAACUCAGUCACCAGCGUGACUCCUUGGGAUGAAAAGAAAGAAAAAAAAGAUUUGAUUUUUUUUUUCUCCAAGAUAAAAGUUGCAAAAGGGUCUUGGGAUUUUUUAUUACAUCUUCCAAAGGGGCCUUGCAAAAAGGGGGAGGAAGUGAAAGAGGAUUUUGCCCCAACUAACAGAAAAAGAAGUCAUGUUUUUUUUUUUUGUACAGUGUGGUUUUUGCAUUGGUUAUGUCUUAUUUGCGGCAAGAGGAGCGAGUUUCUUGUUCACUCUUCUUUUAGCCCUCUUUGAGUUUCUAGACCUAGAAGAAGUGUAAUAUCUGAUUUUGUGGAGUCUGCAUUGUAAGAUAUAAGCUUUUGAUGAUGCUAUUGUAUAAAGUUGCAAACUUUACCAA